AUGUCCCGAAUCGGCGUGCUUGCCCUCGGCCCCGCUGGCGCCGGCAAAUCCACCUUCUGCAACUCCAUCAUCUACCACAUGCAAUCCAUAGGCCGUCGAGCCCACAUUGUCAAUCUCGAUCCGGCAGCGGAACCCACGGAAUACGAGUUCACCGUGGACAUCCGAGACCUCAUUUCGUUGGAGGACGCCAUGGAGGAAAUGGAAAUGGGCCCCAACGGCGCCUUGGUGUUUUGCUUCGAGUAUCUUCUCAACAACCUAGAUUGGCUCGAUGAGGAAAUAGGCGACUACAACGACGAGUACCUUAUAUUCGACUGUCCUGGCCAGAUUGAGUUGUACACUCACGUUCCCGUGCUCCCCACGCUUGUCAAGCAUUUACAAGGAUCUUUGAACUUCACCUUGUGUGCUACUUAUUUGUUGGAGGCGCCUUUUGUCAUCGACAGACUGAAGUUCUUCAGCGGGGCCUUGAGCGCCAUGUCGGCGAUGAUCUUGCUUGAGUUGCCCCACAUCAACAUUUUGCUGAAGGUGGACUUGAUCAAGGACGAGGUGCUGAAGAAACAGCUCAAGCAGUUUUUGAAUCCGGACCUGCUUUUAUUGGAGAAGAGCCACGAGGACAAAACGUUGAAUCCACGCUAUCACAGGCUCAACAGGGCCAUUGCUCAGUUGGUUGACGAUUUCGGCAUGGUGCAGUUUCUUCCCUUGAGCUGCUCGCAGGAAACCACAUCUGUGGCGACGAUUUUGAGUUAUAUCGACGAUGUGACGCAGUGGAGCGAGAACCAGGAGCCCAAGGAGCCCAAGGAUGAGUUUUUGCUUGAGGACGAGUGA